AUGUCAGUUGAAACAAAGGAGAGGAUUAUAAAACUUCUUCAAGAAGGUAAAUCAUCAUGGAAUGUUGCAAAAGAUGUUGAUUGUUCCCAGUCAGCUGUGUGUAAAAUCUGGAUCAAGUACAAAGUAAAUGGGAAGGUUGUAAAAGGGAAGCGUACUGGUAGACCAGGGAAGGCAUCAAAGCUUCAAGAUAGGAAACGUAAAGCAAUAUGCCUUGAAAACAGAAAAUGCACAACAAAAUAAAUGAGAAACAAAUGGGUAGAAACUGGAGUCAAUGUCUGUGACCGAACUGUAAGACAUCGCCUAAAGGAAAUGGGAUUUACAUACAGAAAAGCCAAACGAAAAACCAUCAUUAACA